AUGUCUUUGACGGGUGAUAAAAAGGGCAGGGAGAUAACAGAGAGAUCCCAAGCUCGGCCCGGUGCUUGGUACAUGAGACGAUCUAACAAGGUUGUCGCAGACAGUGUAGCAGAGCAUCAGACGGCAUCGCAUGAAUCCACGCCUACCAAAUUGCGGAGCUCUCCAACUGCUGCCGCCCUAUCACCUCCAGCCAAGAUUACUGGGCAAACCGUCACUCCUCCAAGUUCACCAUCCCGGUUCUCCUUUUUUAACAUGACCUCGACGCUGAAGAGUCUCGCGUCGUCUCCAGUAUCGGUGCCUCAGGAUGACGAGCUCAUGAAUAUCGACAUUGACUCUGCUCUAUUUCCUGGUGGCUCACCGUCCAGCAGUGAAACCUUCUCGCCAGCGGCUUUCAAGAAUUUGCAGAUGAACGCCCUUGGCUUGCUGCGAAAGUUUCAGGCAGCGUACCAACAUAAAGCCAUGGCAUGCCAGGAGCUUUGUGCCGAGAAGGAUGCCCAAGCAGAGGAGAAAAUCGAGACCGAGACUCGAGUUGCUCAUCUGAAGGCGCAGUUGGAAGUCAUGGCUCACAAAGUCACGGAGACAGAAGUCAGAAUGCAAGCUUUGCUGGAGGAACUCGGUCGCGAAAAGAGACUUCGAGCAGGGGAAAGAAGCGCCAGGGAAGGCAGCAUCUUAUCCUCCGGUAUGUCGACUACAUCCGAGGAUCUCGGCGUGGAAGACGACCAGAGGACGAAAUACCGCCGGCGAAGCGGUGGAGCCACCAAAUUCGACGAAGCAAGCCUCGACACUGAUGACGAAAGUAUAGAUGAAGUCAGUGUAUUUUCGAGGUCACGCAGUCCCACGCUGCCAGCUAGUCUGUCCGAAUCUCAAGUCAAUCACUUCCACCAGAAUUCAAUACCACCGAUAUCAAAGCCGAUCAUGCUGGAGCCGCCUCGUUCGACGCGCCAGUCGUCCCAAUCCCAAAUGUCUACCUUUCAAAAGCUGUUCAAAGGAAUGUCAGGCGAUCCCGGCAGGGACAGUGAGCGAGCUAUGGUACAGGCCUGUCAGAAUUGCAAGGGCCAAGACGCCACCGUGGCUUGGGACACGGCUAGUUUGUUAAGACACGAGAACAUGGGCUUAAAGAGGCGGGUGGGGGAGCUGGAGAAUGCUGUUGACGAGGCACUAAACGCCGUUAUGGGCCUGCAGGUGUGA